UCUACCUAUGUACCAUAAUGGUUCUAUAUUGGAGUAUAUCAGUAUUUCAAUGCAUUAUAAUUACAGAGGAGCAAUUCUGCUUAAGUUUUGGGUCCAAUUCACUCACAUCGGCUGUCUGAUUCUGUUUGGAUUCACAUUCAACAAGGCACAAUGAAGAGUUUUCUAGCAUUGCUUGUGGCGCUGAGCACUGUUUUGUCAGUGUAUGCAAGUGAACAGCUUUGUGAGGGAUCCGUCGACUGUAACUGUGACCUCUCUAAAUAUAAUUCAUCAGUGAUACCACCAAAUCCGACUGUAAACUGUUCAAAUGGAGAGAUGACAAUUUAUAUUUCAAAAUGCCAACUGCAAAAGAACCUGUUUAAUACCUCAAAUUUGGCAUUGAAUAACCUCACUGGUUCUGAAUGUGCAAGCAGAGAUUACUUGGUAGAUGGAGAAGUUCAAGUAGGCUUCCACAAUCCAAUGAACACUGCAAAAUGUGGAAACACUCUCCUUGUAAAUGCCACUCACAUCAUUUAUUCCAAUAUCCUGCAUAUUUAUGCUGAGCAACGUACUAUCGUGUCUAGAAAUAACGCUACCGUGAACUUGAGCUGCGCCUACCCCUUGUCAUUUCCAGUUUCACUUAAUGUAACCUUAAAACCUAUAACAGGGAUUACGGGCUUAUCAGUGCCAGGUGUAACUGGAAGUUUUCCAAUAACUAUGGCAGCGUUUACAGAUAGUUCCUUUACAGUCCCAGUUACGGCAGACACUGUGCUUUUGGUGGAACAAGUCAUUUAUAUUCAAGUGUGGAUACCAAACCUGCAAGCAGACAGUUUUGCUGUUAAAGUGAUAAGAUUAUAUGCCACCCCAGGUGGAUCUACCCCCCAGGAUGGGUUAAUAUUUAACCUAACAAGUGGAAUAGAUGGGUGCCCAGACCCUACUUAUGGUGACCAGAUUUCUGUACUUCAAAAUGGAAAUGGAUCUCUAACAAGAUUUGCAUUGAAAGUCUUCAAGAUCACUGGUCAAGACUUGUUAAAUCUCUAUGCAGAUGUUACGAUCUGCACUUCUGCUUGUGAAGCGAACUGCAUUAAAAAAGAUCUUGGAUCAUCUGCACCAGAAAAUGUGGCAACUGUGAGGCUGCCGCUAGAGGCUCAGAGUGACCCCACUUCUGGAGCCACCGACCGCUUCUCCCUGUCAUGGACCUUGGUAUCACUCAUCUCUUCACUGCUCUUUGCGAAGUUUAUGUAAAGAAUUUCCCCAUAUAUCUCUAUAGACGUAAUACAGGAGAAAUCUGCUGAAGCAAACAAGAUGAGAAGAAUUGUUUUUAACAAAUGCACUUACAUUUUAAUCUUUGCCAUUUCUACAUUACUUAAUCUCAAAACAAUGUGGCACAGUUAACAAUCUAACCGAGCAUAAUGCAUAAGUGUGCUAUGCAUCCAAUGUGAAAAGAAAUAUAUAUAUAUAUAAUAUAAUUUACAGUAAUAACACACUAACAGUACACGAUGCUUCUGAACUAAAGACUAUUGCUUACCUGGUUGGUCUAACAAGUAGGUUAUGGCCACAGGCCUCGUAUUUGUUUCAUGCUUCAUUUAUUUAUGGAUAAUGGAAAACUUUUGACUGUAAGUUACUUGGAUACAGAGGCUUUUUAUAGUAUUUAACUAAUGUUGGAAUUCUUGCACUCUAAGCUAUUAUUGUACUGUUAUCUCCUGUAGAACCAGUUGAGCACCUGUAUAUACAUAUGUAUGUUUUAUUUUAUUAACAAAUGUAUAUCUUUCUAGCAUUAAAAAAAAGUUUCAUUGCAA